GUUUCACCAAAAGCUGAAACUGCUUGCUGCUACCAUGAGAACUGAGUGCUGUGCACACGUGUCCUUAGCUGGCGUUGUAUUUCUCUCGUCCCUGGGAGGAAUCCUCCAACUCCAGCCCGAAUACAUUCGUGGAUUGACCCAUGCCACGCCGGCCGCAAAGCUGGCGACGAAUUGCUGGGUCGGUGCUGCAAUCUAUGCCACGACAUGGCUUAUUUGCCUUGCUGCGUUAAAGGUCCAAGGUCGACAGGAAUCCAGUUUGAAGAAGAAGUCGUACGAUCUGCAAGAACUCCGACGUGCAAUUUCGUCAUGGGAAGACUUGGGCAUGCCUCCGCGUUUGGAUGGACACGAAGGCGACGACGAAGACCAAGAUGACAACGUUGCAAUUGGCGGAGUGCGACACAACACCAAACCUGCCAACGGAAUUCAAACAUAAUGGUGCCUUAAUUCCUUUUGACUAAUUGUGCCUUUAUAUUCCUGCACGUACUACCGA